AUGCUGCGGAAGCAGGUGAAGUUCCGGAAGCAACAGGAUCUGCACAACAACCUUGCAUGGCAGCCUCCAGAGGUUGUCAGGCUAUACAACGCCAACGGCACCUGUGGCCACAACAACGAGGGCAGCCCCAUGUGGUACCACAUCAUCAGAGGCCUGGACCUCAAGGGCCUCCUCCUCUCCAUCUCCAGACAAGAGCUGCUCAGGGCCAAGUCCCAGAGCUGUGGGCUGUCCCUGAGGGAGUGUGCGAGCAGCGGAGCAAGGCUGGGGAAGAAAGUGGAGAAAAUCAUAGCUGUUUUCGAUUUCGAGGGGCUGAGCCAGAGGCAUCUGUGGAAGCCAGGAGUGGAGUUUGCCCAGGAGUUUCUCACAGCACUCGAGGCAAAUUACCCUGAGAUUUUGAGGAAUAUAAUUGUUGUGAGAGCUUCCAAGCUGUUCCCAGUGGCCUUCAACCUGAUCAAGCCGUACAUAACUGAGGAGAUGCACAGGAAGGUGGUGAUUCCUGGAGAUGACUGGAAGCAAGAGCUGCCUAAGUUCACCAGCCCCGACCAGCUGCCUGUGGAGUUUGGGGGGACCAUGACUGACACCGAUGGCAACCCCAAGUGCCUGACCAAGAUCAACUACGGGGGCGAGGUGCCCAGGAGCUACUACCUGCGCAACCAGGUGAGGGUGCGGUACAAGCACCAGGUGACCGUGGGCCAAGGCUCCUCCCUGCAGGUGGAGAACGAGAUCCUGUUCCCAGGCUGUGUGCUCAGGUGGCAGUUCGCAUCGGACGAGGUGGACAUAGGCUUCGGGGUUUUCCUGAAGACCAAGAUGGGGGAGUGGCAGUGGGCCGGGGAGAUGAUGGAGGUUCUGCCCAGCCAGCGCUACAACACCCACCUGGUGCCCGAGGACGGGAGCCUCACCUGCCUCCAGGCCGGCGUCAAUCUCAGGGAGGGUGUGGGAGUCUGCGCUAGCUCCUAGAUCCCACAGGCACCAGGGACAUUGGUUUCAGGUGUUGGAUCUUAUGAGUGGCCCCCAGGUGUGGAUACAAAGGCAGAGACACAUGGUGGAGAG